UGAUAGUCCUGAAAAUCUAGAGAGAAAGCCUACUACUACUAACUUGCUCGCUAGUUGGGCCGAUUUACAAGAAAACAAUAUAAACAUCUCAUUUCUUCCAAGUUGAAAAGGGUGGAUAGAAAUGACUCCUUAUCCCUUUUUCUCCCUUUUACUCUAGAACAACAAAAACCACCCACAAUGUGUUAUCCAAAACACAAAGGCAACAUUUGAAUAAUGGCUGAAGCAGUAAUGAACUUCACGGUCAUCAAGCCUCAUGUUCAUGGCACUUUUUGUCCACAGCAGGCAACAAAAGCAGACUACUUAAGCCCCUUUACAAAAGCACUUAGGCCCGACCCUGCAACAGUAUUUACCAAUGGCAGAAAAUUGGUGUUUCAGGGGAAAAGGGCUAAUUCUGCUCUGUGUAAAGUAAAUGCUUUCCCUGAUUGGGCACCAUUGAUGGCUGUAAUGGUGGAACAUGCGGAAGGACAAAGGGACCUCAUUACCAACAAAUUCAUUUGGCACUUAAGUGAUAAAGCCAUCAAGAAUGUUUACACAUUUUACAUAAUGUUCACAGUUUGGGGUUGCUGUUUCUUUAGUGCUACAAAAGUAAGCUUUAGCGGAAUCACUUGCUUUUUUAUUUUCCAUUCGUUGAAAAAACAUGACUAAACAUGAAAGUUUUAGGAUCCCUACUAUGAUUCGGAGGCGUACAGAGGAGAUGGAGGUGAUGGCACUGGACAUUGGGUAUAUGAGAAGGUAAAUUUCUCACCUUUUUAGGUCUUGACUCAUUCCAUAUUGAUCUCGCAACUUUUGCAUUUUACUUUGACUAUUGGUAUCAAAAUAAUCAGAUGUACAGAACAGAAGGUAGACUUUUGUACUUGACAUUAGUAUGAACAGAAUUGUCCUUCAAUCCCCAACCUGGCAACCUCUGCAUUAAAUCUAAUGAUUCGAAUUGUCGCCCAAGAGAGUUUCAACACAUGAUUGAACAAUACUAGGGAUAUGAACAACUUGCUGCAACAUAAACUCUUUAAUUCAUGAAAUUGAGAAUAAUGCUGCAUAUAUAACUUGCUUAGAUAAGUAGUGAAAAUGGUAUGAUACUCUCAAUGUGUAUGUAUAUGGUACAGCAAGAAGAAAUAGAAGAGCAAGCUCGGGCAGAGCUGUGGCGUGAAGAACUCAUCGAGGAAAUUGAGCAAAAAGUUGGGGGGCUUAAAGAGUUGGAAGAAGCCGGAAGGAAAUGAGAUCUUUCUUCAUGUAGCAAAAACAGAAAAUACAUAUCUUGCUGUAUAUGAAUGAUUUGGACAGUGAUUCUGUUUUACAUAUUUUAAGGCUACGAAAGGCAAUCCGCUAACUUGUGUCCUAACAAACUCGGUAUCAAAGCGAUAUCCCAUGUUUUGAAAAUCUUCGAUAGGCCAAUCUUUGAUCCCAGCAUGCGCUAUAAGAAGAAAUCAUCUCACUACCUUGUUCUGCACAAACAAUAAGUUCCGAAAUUUGAACCGUAAGCACUAGUUAAGGUAUUAAGUGAAAACAUAAGUCCAACUUAUAUGAUUUUUACGAUAAUUAAUUGACAAUUUUUAAUGAUUUACCAUAAAACUUCAAUGAAGUUUUGUUUCUGGACAAUGGUCAUUAUUUGAAUGGUAUGACUUGGAUGAAUAAAUUCAGAGGCAUG